AUGGCCACAGAAACAUCAAACACAACCGUAUCCGAGCCUUUUGCUCCCACGCAGAGGCUAUCGAUCCUCCACGGCCCUCGCGAUCCACCUCUCGUCGACCUGAGUCUCGGUGAGCUCCUGGAGCUCCAGACCUACCAACACGGUACCAAGGAGUGCUUGGUGAUCCCCUGGACCGGCGCACGAUGGACGUACAACGAGCUCAACCAGCAGAGCUUGCUGCUCGCCCAGGCUCUCCUGAAGAUGGGCAUCAAGUCGGGAGACAGAGUUGGUGUUAUGGCGGGCAACUGUGAGCAGUACGCAGCCAUCUUCUUCGCCGUUGCAAGGAUAGGUGCCAUUCUCGUCAUCUUGAACAACACCUACACGCCCAGCGAGGCCAUGUACGCGGUUCAGUUCUCAGAAUGCAAGAUCCUGUUCACCACAAAGCAGAUCGGCAGACUCGACAACAGGAAAUUCUUGGACCAGUUGGCGAACGAGAUCAACGGGCCCAAGGUUGUCAUGAUCCGGGGCGACACGGAGGGAUACCAGACGUACGAUGAGCUCAUCAAGUCGAGCUCGCGACAAAGCCCGAGGGAGCUGCACCUUGCCAUGAGCAAGGUCGUUCCUCAUCAGGUCUGCAACCUGCAGUUCACCAGUGGAACCACUGGCCGUCCCAAGGCUGCCAUGCUUACCCAUCACAACGUCGUCAACAACGCCCGCUUCAUCGGUGACCGCAUGCGACUGACCCCCGACGACUGCCUCUGCUGCCCUCCCCCUCUGUUCCACUGCUUCGGUCUUGUUCUGGGUCUCCUGUCCGUCAUCACUCAUGGCGCCAAGAUUGUCUACCCUGCCGAAGUAUUCGACACCAAGGCCACUCUGAAGGCCAUCCUCGAGGAGGACUGCACGGCGCUUCACGGUGUCCCGGCCAUGUUCGACUCCCUGUUCCAAGCCGCACCGGAUGACUUCAAGUCCUCCAAGAUCCGCACCGGUAUCGUUGCGGGUGCUCCCGUGCCUCGCUACCUGAUGGAGUUGAUGGUGAACCGCCUUGGCAUGAAGGAGUUCACCAGCAGUUACGGACUGACGGAGGCUUCUCCUACCUGCUUCAACGCCUUCACCGACGAUGCUCUUGGAAAGAGACUGACGACGGUCGGCACGCUGAUGCCUCACGCCUCGGCCAAGAUCGUCGACAGAGACGGCAACAUCGUGCCCAUGGGCGAGCGAGGUGAGCUGUGCAUGGCCGGCUACCAGCUCCAGGCCGGAUACUGGAACAACUCGGAGAAGACCAACGAGGUCAUGGUUCGUGACUCUGCUGGUGUUCUUUGGCUGCACACUGGCGAUGAGGCCGUGUUCGACGAUGAGGGAUACUGCUCAAUCACCGGACGCUUCAAGGAUAUUAUCAUCCGAGGUGGUGAGAACAUUUACCCCCUUGAGAUCGAGGAGCGCCUCAUGGCCCACCCCUCAAUCUCCCAGGCCAUCGUUGUCGGUCUCAAGGACGAGCACUACGGCGAGGUUGUCGGCGCCUUUGUCCAGCGCGCCGAGAACAGCGAGAAGCCGACCUUCCAGGAGCUCAAGGACUGGGUCCGCCAGCGCCUCGGCGGUCACAAGAGCCCCGCGCACAUCUUCUGGCUCGGCGAGGACGGCGUGCCGGCCAACGUGCCCCUCACCGGCAGCGGCAAGGUCCGCAAGUUCGAGAUCGCAAAGGUUGGCGACGAGAUUCUCAAGAAGAGCAAGAUCUCUGCCAAGUUGUAA